CAUUACUCAAACACUGCGUGUAAGCCCGUCUAAGUUUUGUCUUUUGACCGCCUGUACCUGUAACCUUCUGGCCGUCGACAGAAGUUUCUGCCUAGUUCAAAAUGGAGGCCAGUUUUUUGCCUAAGGUGCAAGGGCAAGGCGGUAAACAAAAAGAGCACAGCCAUUCGCUUUUGUUCGACAGUGCCAUGACGGAUAAAGUGUUGAGGCAAAAUGCUUACGAAGAGCGGCUUCUCUUAAAAAGGACCGAGCAUAUUGAAAAGCAGAAACAACAAACUUUGGGAGAACAUAACUUUUGUAAGAGUCAAUUUUUGCUGCGUUUCAUGCCCGUUGUGAAACGACAAAGCGAAUUAAGAAAAGAGUUGCUCUCCAAGGUUUUUGAUUCUGAAAUUCCAAGCGGCGAAAAAGCAAUCGCAGAACGAAAACGACCACUGUCAAGCUACCCAAAUGUCAAAAGCAGAACAAGUACAGCAAAUGAGAAAGUAAAACCGAGACAUAGGCGUACUGUGAGUGCAGAGCUGAGAUUUCCCGCAUUGCAAGAAGAUAUGGACGACAUUCUGAACGGUUAUAGGACCACCAAACCCCAACCAAAGUCAGUUUCACCGACGAAGAUGCGAUUCCGAGGGAAUUGGGAUCUGGAAUCGCGCACAAACAAUAGUCAAGCCCGAAACGAAACAUCCUUACCAAAAACAUUAACGCCAGAAAGGAAGACAAGAUCGAAAGGCAUCGAUUUCGGCAUCUUAAAAGACAGGAACGUCGAGGAUACAGACCAUUUGACGAACAACACCUUGACUUUCGACUGUCCUAAAAUUUCGAAGGGUAAAGUAACGGAAAAUGUAACCACUGACACUGUUUCUAUUAAUGAAAACUCGACUAAAAAUUCCCAAAACUUUUUAGCUGAGGAUAAUCAUGAUAGGAUUGUUCAACAAGAAACCAUAAUUACAUUAGAAAGUCCUGAAGAAGAAGUCGCCAAGAAAAAAACGAGCAAGCAUUCAACAAAAUCCGUGAAAAUUUUAAAUGAGGAUACUGGUGUUGUAAAUGAUGACAGCUGCAUGCGCAAUUCCUUUCCGAGGCAAUUGAGGAUCUUUCAAAAUGACAACAAAUUGCCUGAAAAAUUGCUAAAAAACUUAAUCCAUACGCUCAAGAACGACACGGCAGCAUCAAAUACGGCACGGUUUCUUGCAAAAAUGCUAAACAGUGAUGGAAAUAGUAAUUUUUCUUGUUUAAACGAAAUCCUGGCAGUUUAGUAUCACUUCAACUAGGGAACACCAAUGGGAUUCAUCUUCUGAGUGAUGUGAAAAAGCGGCAACGGCAUGAAGCUCAGAGAUUACGGAUCAUGCGCACUAUUGUGCUGGCCUAUGAUACUGUUUGGAAUGAAAGGGUUAAAAAGAUUAGCGCUGCAGCUUAAAACGAUUAACUGGUACAAAUAAGAAAAACUUAUUGUUGGCUAAUUAACUCUUAAUGCUUGAAAUAAAAGACAAACAUAUCAUAUCUUCUGUAGUUAGGGUAAAUUUCAAGUUGAAUCGAAU